AUGUCCACCAGCAACGACCCCGAGCCGGCAUUGAGCAGCUUCGAGCUCUUCCCGAAGCUUCCCAAUUGUCUCAAAUUCAUGAUAUGGGAGGAAUUUUACCUCGAGCCCAGAUACUUUUUGGUCGAUGGUAGCGGAAUCAGCCGGUUUGAUGAUACCGUCGAAUGGGUCAUGAAACCCAGACCUUACAAAAAGAAAUACUACACCGCGAUCGAUACAGACAUAGACCCUCUGGCUAGCAAUGUUGCCAGAAUAUUACGCCCACAGAUUGCCAUCGAAGUCUCGAAAGGCUCUGCGAAAGCUGAGCAUGUCAAUAUCAACUGGAGAUUAGACUUUGUUCACAUAAGAUGGCACGAUGACAUGCGUCAGAGAUGCAGGGUCUUGCCAGACCUCGAGUGGGUUGCCAAAGUACAAAACCUCGUGAUCGACGACACGAUCGUGCGUCUAGAAGUCAGAGCUUCCUCUCUCUCCGACAUCUGA